AUGAACCAAUUAAUUACCAAAAAUCAACAAACCUUACCAAAUUCUAAAAACCCAACCAACCCUAAUAGCAUGAUCCAUGAAAGCAUAUUUAUUCGGAACAAAAUCAACUCGACAUCGUCUCUGCCAGCAAAGCUUAAUGACUAUAACUCCAACCAACAUAACAAGGAGAAAGACAAUCUGGAUUCACAGACCGAGACCCAAUUUGAUAGUGAUAACUUAACCUCAGACGAAUGGCAAAGGGAUGAAAUUCCCACCAGGAGAAAGAAAAGGAAAGAUACAAGUCCAAUUCACAACGACGGGAAUAAAAAACAGAAAAAUUCCCCAGACUUUGUGAUCCCUACACGCAAUAGUUUUGAACUACUUGAUACGGAGCCUACGAAUAGAACCAACAAUACAGACAAGGUAUAUGUACCAAAGCCAGAACCCAUCUUUGUUACUGGCGUAAUUAAUGUAAAUUCUCUUAAGGAUGUACUUAACAAAUUUCUAAACAGCAAACUUUACCUCAUGACCACACUUAGAUCUGGACACGUUAUAAAAAUUAUACCUAAAGACAUCCAGACAUACAAAAUGAUUCGAGAGAACUUCAUUGCCAAUAAUAUCUCACAUUGUACUUACCAGUUUAAAAGCGAGAGAGCAUACAGAGUAGUACUACGCGGACUCCAUGCAUUAGAAAAUACCACAGAAAUUUCAAAAGAAUUGUAUGAAAUUGGACAUGAAGUGAGACAAUAUCAGACAUCGAGAUACAAAGGAACUGUUGCCUGUAAUGGACAACCUCUGAAACAUAACUCAUAUCCAAAAGAUAUUAAGGAGAAAAUACAAGAGCGCCGACGUUUGAGAAAAAUCUGGCAUACUACGGGAUAUCCAAGUGAUAAAACUGCAUUUAAUAUAUACUCAAAUGAACUCAAAGCUCUUAUCAGCACCCUAGAAAAUGAUAAUAUUCAACACUAUCUCUCAAAUCUAGAUCCAACUAGAGAUACAAACUACUCACUAUGGAAGGCUAUCAAAAAUCUAAAGCGCCCGAAAAACCAUAUAUCACCUAUCAAUGAUGAAAAAGGAGAAUGGGCAAGAUCAAAUAAUGAAAAGGCAACAAUCUUUGCGGAAUAUCUGAAAACAAUUUUCCAACCACUCCCUGAAAACAAUCCCGAACACACUAUGGAAAUCAAAGAAUACCUCGAAUCAGCGAAUCAAAUGUAUUUACCACUAAAAAGUACCAGCCCAAAAGAAAUUGUGAAAGAAAUAAGGAACCUCAAGGAUGAUAAAAGAUGCUACCAAGUGAAGUACGGCGAUGAUCUCUCAGAAGUACAGGAAUUAAAAUCAGGUGUCCUUCAGGGCAGUAUAUUGGGCCCUAUACUAUACCUCAUUUUUACACCAGAUAUCCCAACAACUGACUACACCACGACUGCGACAUACGCUGAUGAUACGGCGCUUCUGUCGGCUCAUAGCAACCCAGAAACGGCAUCAUCACAACAGCAAAACCACUUGACAGAAGUUGAGAGUUGGCUGAAGCAUUGGAGAAUAAAAGCCAAUGAGAGCAAAUCGAUACAUGUAACGUUUACUCUUAGGAAAGAAACAUGUCCACCGGUAACGCUAAACUACAAAGUUAUACCUCAAGAAAAUAACGCAAAAUACUUGGGCAUGCACCUAAACAGAAAACUUACAUGGAAAAAACAUAUUUGGACAAAGCGCAAACAACUAGAUGGAAAACUGCGGACACUAAACUGGUUACUGGGAUGCAAAUCACAACUAAAUCCUAACAGCAAGAUGCUAGUAUACAAAACCAAUCUGGACUUACGGGAUACAACUGUGGGGAACAGCCAGCAACAAUAA